CCCUGUCGUCAUGCCCGUGCGUGCCAAAUGGGCUGUCAGUUGUGAUUGGGAGUAACAAGUGGAUUGAACAGCGACACUUUCUCUGCACCGAGCUGCGCUCUGCAUCUCUCUCUCUCUCUCGACUAUUGCGCUGUCCGAAUAAACCUGAGGAUCAUCAUGGACUCCGGUACCAGCCGAGUGUCUAGCCGACCUUCCUCUCCCGAUGUGCACGAUAUGUUCCUGCAUGCGAUGAAAAAGCACAUGGUGGGUUUCUCCGGUACUGUCUCGUCCACACAGAGCGACUCUCCACCGGAGAUACCCGCGGACAUGCGGAGCCUGUCCGAUGACGAUGAUGACAUUACCCUGAAAAUGCUGUCAAAGAAGGACCGUAAACUGCUCUCAGAGAACGAGCUGCAGGGGAUGCGGCUGAAAAUCAACAGUCGCGAGCGGAAGAGGAUGCACGACCUCAACAUCGCCAUGGACGGUCUCCGGGAGGUUAUGCCUUACGCGCACGGGCCCUCGGUACGCAAACUCUCCAAAAUCGCUACUCUCCUCCUGGCGAGAAACUACAUCCUGAUGCUGAGCAACUCGCUGGAGGAGAUGAAGAGGCUUGUCAGUGAGUUCUACGGCAGCGGCCACCACAGCAGCUUCCACCCCUCCGCAUGUGGUACCAUGGCGCACACUGGGCCCCUGCCUGGUCAUCCGGCCGUUUCCCACGCCUCCCACCCGGUGCACCAUCCACUUCUUCCCCCGGCAGUCUCCACGGUUGCCUCUCUCUCUACAACGGGUCUCACCUCGAUCAGACCCCACCAUGGACUCCUGAAGGCGCCUUCUGCCGUCCCGGCCCCCCUGGGUAGCAGUUUCCAUCACUGGGGCGCGGGAAUGCCCUGUCCAUGCAGCAUGUGCCAGGUGCCACCACAUGUUCCCGGCAUGAGCGCUGUCACAAUGUCCAGGCUGACGAGUGACUCCAAAUGACUUGAACUCUUAUCAUAAAACGAGAGAGGGAGAAAAGGGAAAAUAACUUUGGGUUGAAGACGUCAAAGUGUAUAUCAGUCCAACACGUUUUUUUAUUUGUAUUUAUCUGUUGCUGAAAUACAUUUUGGAUUGAGCCAGCAGAAAUGCAUUGCUUUAGAAAAUGGGAGGAGCGCUACUUACAUACCAUGUUGUAGCAUGAUUUAGAUAAAUGUAUAAAGGGUGCUUUUCAUAUUCAGUAACCCCGUCACUGUAAGCAAACCUAUCUUACAUUGUGGCUGACGGGAAUACACAUUAUACGAAGGGCAUUACUGAUGGCUUUUAAAGUCAUGUUCUCGGUCAUUAUUUAACUUUAGACUAGCGCAUUCCCGAGACAGAAUAAACGAAAGUACACUAUGUAGGUAAAGCAUACGGCAUGAGAACACAAUGGUAAUGUAGAUUGUAUAUUUGUAGAUUCAGAUUUCUGUUUGUGCGAUAGUUUUUAUAUCAGGCCCUUGGAUAAUGUUUGGAUUUACACUUUUAGCUUGUGUCUGCUUUCAGCCAUGUAGCGCUGAUACCAUGUUGCUCCCGCUUCUUCCUCUGCCUCUUGUACAAUAUGUCCUUUCAGUAUUUUCUCUCCAACGUCACUGCCGAUCCUAUAGAUCCUAUCCUAUAGCUGUUUUCUUAUGUAUGUUUCCUCUUUCCACGUGUUGUUGUUGUUGCCAAGCCCGUCACAAGCCCGACGCACGCAAAGAAUGAUCACUUCUUUAUUUUUUUAUAAAAAAGUGCAAAAUUAUAUUUAUUGACUUAUUUUGGAUGGGAUUUCAAAUGAAUGAAUGACGAUGAUUAUGUUGGGAUUUUUACAUGUUAAAUAAAAUAAGUUU